CUCGAGCGUCCUUGGCCGGGGGGCAAACCACACGGGAGGUCAAAGAAAAGAGGUAAGCUCAACGAGGAGUGCACAAGACGAUCCCGGCGAGAUCAGAUCGGAGCAACCGUGGUGGUGGAUUUUCGAGAUGGCGGCGGAGAGUCGCCCCGACUGGCUGCCGGAGGGGUGGACGGCGGUGGCGAAGACCACCAGGAGCGGAGCGGUGCUUUGGUGCUUCCAUGAUCCAUAUACUGGAUCCAGAUUUUGUUCAAAGAAAGAGGUACUUCAGCAUCUAAAGUCUGGAAAAUUUCAUGGUUCCCCAACCAAACAGACAAGGAGCAUCACCACAAGAUCUAUGGAAAAACUUUGUGCAUCAACCAAUUUGGAAGAAGAAAACAAGACAAACUCUGCCAAAAAUGAUCAAAUUGAGAAUACUCCAUAUGAGUUGCCUCAUGGCUGGAUCAAAGAGAUCAGAUUAAGAAACUCUGGAACAAAAAUAAAAAAGGAUCCGGUAUUUUCGGAGGAUAUUACGCCUAAAUUAGGUGUACCGCUCAAUACGUCCUGGUGUACCGCUCAAUACGUCCUAGCGUACCGCUCGGUACACAGUACCAUACCGUACCAAGCAAAGCUCGAAACUCUGUUCUACUUUGACCCUGUCAGUGGUUAUGAAUUUCGCUCUCUAAAGGAUGUUUUUCGCUAUCUUGAAACUGGUGACAUUCAUAGCUGUGUAAACAAACCAAAGAAAAGAAGUAUUGAUGACAUCCAUUCCUUAGAAAAGGAAUCACAUGUAAGUCCUCCUGCAGCCAAAAGGGUAGAACAUAGAGGGACUACAGUAAAGAAAUGCCUGUUUCCAGGUGUGAGAAAUAACUCAGAUGUGAAAAUGGUGACUCAGGUCAACGGGUCUCCUGGAAAGUCACAAUUCCAUCCAGCUCGUGUCAUAGAAACAAGUGUGGGAGAAGCUGAUACAGGUUCAAUGACGUUAGUCAAUAUUAAGCACCAUGAUAGAGGUGAUGUGGCAGAGAUUAAAAUAGACCCAGAGCUCAAUUCAGUGCAGCAAGAACUCAAAGUUUCAGGAGAAGUGUUGGAACCAGGUAAAGAAAGUGUCAAGCCAGCAAUAGAAGAUCAAUCAACCAUUUUUAGCUCUCAUCUCUCUGGUUCACAAAAUGUUACAUCAUAUGGUCCUUCACUGGGAAAGCAGCUGAAUGAAUCGAACAAGUUACAACAUGUGUCGGGCUUGCCAGCUUUGGAAGGCAAUUUGUUGGAGGGAAAAAACUUGGUUUUAAAGGAAAAGGAGCAAAUGGAUUUCAAGAAGCCGAAAAGGAAAAGUGUGAAUGGAUCAAGAAAAAAACAGGGUAUGAGAAUAAUCACAAUGCCACACCGAGCAUCUCCAAGAUUGGCUGCACUUAGAGCUAAUACGUUGGUGAAUUCUGCACUUGUUGAAGAGUUUUAUGGGACCGAGGCACACCAAGUGAAUUCAUCGAGUCAGGAUCAUGGUACAAAAUACACACCCGUGGUUGACCAACAAGAAAUGUUACCUGGGGUGGACUUUGAACAUUCUAAGAAGCUUGAAAGCAAGGAUUUUCUUGGAGAAGAAGCUACUUUGGAAAAUCUCGCUGGAUUAGAAGAAAAGAGCAAAGAUAAACCAGUGUCACAACUCACAUCACCAUUUGGAGAUUCGUGGCCAGACCCAUGCAUAGAAUUUGCUUUCAGGACACUCAUCGGCGAUAUUCCAGUUUCGGAUAAUACUGUAGUAUUCCAAGACUAUCCCCAACAGCAGCAAAUGAGCUCAGCUAUAAGACAAUCCCCGAGAAGCUCGGAUGCAUUAACUCUGCGUAGUAGUGGAACCGUCGACCAAACCAUGCAUCUCGGCCGGUUGGAGCCACCGAAUAAGAAUAAUCAUGUGUUAUCCUUUGGAGACAUCACAAGGCCUUGCUUUUUGGAAAAAAGCCUGCAGUCCACAAAGAAGCUGGAGGUAAGUCAUCAGAGGUCAGAACUGAAUCCAUAGCUUAUACAACACACGAUGGAGCUAAACCAUGUGAAAUAAUGACAUGGCGUAAAUAUUCUUUUGGACUUUGACCUUCUUGGUGCCUUCUGAGGCAAUGGAUUCCCCUCAAAUACUGGUGAUAAGACUCUCCCAUUAAACCCUUGUUGUUUAGGUUGUGUGGUAAUUGACAGAAGGGGUUCAAUGUGUUUAAAACAAGAUAAACCCUGUUUUGAUCUGCACUCUAUCUUUUGAAAACUUGGCCUGUAAAUGGUGAUAUCUGGUAUCAAGUAAUUUGGUACAGCAACCAGCUCAUUCA